AUGACCGUCGCAAUUACGAACGGGGAUCUGAACAAUACGGCAGCAGAACGCAGCCGAAGGGAGAUCGUGGCAGACCCGGCGUACCACGGUAGAUCUUUCGCAAUCCCCAUCUCCCGAGACGAUCCGCUCGUUCGAGAAAAGUAUCGACCGUUCUUGCUAGACGAUGAGACGCCGCAGACUGAUUGGGUUGCUCAGCUCGAACUGAGCACAGCGCUGAAGAUGGUAGAAAGCCAGGUGCUCGACACGGGCGACGGGAGAUUGAGAAUACUCGUUCUACACGGGAGCAUGCGGAAGCGAUCCUACUCGCGUCUGCUCGCAUAUGAGGCUAGUCGGAUACUGUUUCGGCUCGGCUGCGACGUCCGUAUGUACGACCCGAGUGGGCUCCCGGUGAAGGACGACAUUCAGCACUGGCACCCCAAAGUGCAGGAGUUGCGAGAGCUUAGCAAGUGGAGUGAUGGGCAUGUGUGGAUAAGCCCUGAGCAGCAUGGAAACCUGACAGCGGUCUUCAAGAACCAGAUCGACUGGAUCCCUCUAUCGACUGGCUCCGUUCGGCCAACGCAGGGCCGCACCCUGGCCAUCGCACAGGUCUGUGGCGGAUCGCAGUCCUUCAACACGGUGAAUUCGCUACGCAUACUCGGACGGUGGAUGCGUAUGUUCACGAUUCCGAACCAAAGCUCCAUCCCGAAGGCCUACACACAGUUCAGCGACGAGGAUGUGGGGAGCAGGCUCAUGCCAAGCGGCAACCGAGACAGACUGGUCGACUGCAUGGAGGAGCUGGUCAAGUACACGAUUGUCAUGCGGCCACACUUUGACCUGUUCGGCGACCGGUUUAGCGAGCGGGAGGAGAAGCGGGCCAAGGAGGAGAAGGCCAAUGACUCACCGUCCUCUGUCCGCAUCCGCGAGAACCAGCGGCGCUCGCGCACCCGGCGCCGCGAGCUGCUCCAAGAGCUCCAGACGCGCGUGCAGGAAUUCGAGCGUAGGGGCGUCGCGGCUACGCAGGAAAUGCAGCGGGCUGCGCGCAGAGUGGCCCAGGAAAACACACGGCUGCGGAGUCUACUUGCGCGCCACGGCGUGUCGAGCGAUGAGGUGGAUGCCUAUCUAACGUCCUUCGACGCCGCUGAUAUCGUGAAUGGCUUUCGCUAUGCCGACCACCAUGGAGACGGUUUUGUGCGGGGCGGCGAAGGCAUGGUCGACGGUCAAAGGCCUCUUACGCAAGAUCGAGAAGAUGACUCCGCCGCGCGACAACCGGUGUCGAUGGGGCUGAUAUCGCCCGUUCCUCGAGCUUUCAACGACGACCGUGAGGCCCAAGAUAGCCGUGGAACACUGCACCGCGCCCAUGAUUUGCAGAUCGCGGAGAAAGCAGACCUCUGCCCGAAUACCUCUGACUGCUUCUGCCCUCCCACGACAGCAGCCUCAGAUAGCACGCCUAGUGCUGGGCUAGAGAUCUCAUGCGAAACUGCCGCCACCAUCAUCGCUGAAAUGCGUGGAGAUAGGGACAGGGAUGCAGUUCGUGCUUCGCUGGGGUGCAGUGCGGGCGAGUUGUGCAAUGUCCGAAGCGCCACUGUAUUCCAGAUCAUGGACGAGACAUAG